AUGAAGGCAUCUCUCGCUCUCCUUGUGGCCACCUGUGCCAGCAGCGCUCUGGCAAAAUCGUUGGGUGAUAUCAAUCCCGAAGUAGACGCGCGUAACGUGGUGACUGGAGACUCUGGGCGCGCCGAAGCCUAUCCCGUGGAAGCUUAUCCAUAUGACGAUGAAAUAUUUAUUACGGGUGGAGGACUUGGAAACGGUAAAGAUGAUGGAAAGGGCAAGGGCAAGGGGAAGGGCAAGGGGAAGGAUGACGGCAAAGGAAAGGGGAAAGGAAAGGACGAUGGCAAAGGAAAAGGAAAAGGGAAGGAUGACGGUAAAGGAAAAGGAAAGGGGAAGGAUGACGGUAAAGGAAAGGGAAAAGAUGAUGGCAAAGGAAAAGGAAAGGGGAAGGACGAUGGUAAAGGCAAGGGGAAAGGGAAAGAUGAUGGCAAAGGCAAGGGGAGGGGGAAGGAUGAUGGUAAAGGAAAAGGAAAAGGAAAAGACGAUGGUAAAGGAAAGGGGAAAGGAAAGGGUAAGGACGAUGGUAAGGGCAAAGGGUAUUUGAUUUAA